AUCAACGAAUUGACUACGAGCAUCAAUAGCCAUUGAACCAGCAACACAAGCGAAGAAGAUAAGAGCAAUAGCAGCUUUCAUUGUUGAAUAUUUUUUUUUGUAAUUACGAUGAGAAGAUGAGAAUGAUGGGUGAAGUUACAAUGAAAAUCGAAGCGCUUUUUAUACUCGAAUUUUUUUUCGUAAACGCCUACAUAUGAAGGAUAUGAUUAUCUUCUGUAUUCAUAUGUAAUCAGAGAAAAGCAACUACAUAUGUUUUAUUUUCUCAUUGAAAGAAAAAAUUAAUAUUUUCAAGGUUGCAGUCACCGACAAGAUAAGCCAUCACGAAUUCGAGAACAUAUUCGACGACAUACACAAGAAAAAACAAUAGCUUGUCCACGUUGUGGUUCAUUAUUUUCAUGUGGUGUUAAAUUCAUUGAACAUUGCCAAUUAUCAAUUGAAGGUACUAUUUAUUUUUUGAAUUUUUUUUAUUAAAAUUUUUGUUUUAGUUUCACCAAAUUUUCAAUGUGAAAAGUGUGCGCAACAAUUUCAAUCAAAAUCUCUUCUUCAAAAACAUCUAAAUAAACAUGCAACAAAACAUGCAUGUCCAUAUUGUACACAAAUAUUUUCAACACCAUCAGGUGUAAAACGACAUAUUAUUUAUCGACAUACAGAUAUAAAAUAUUUUCAAUGUCCUGAUUGUUCACUUUCUUUUAAAUGUGCAAAUAGUCUUACAGUACAUCGUCGUCGUUUGCAUCUAUUACCAUUACUAGAUAAAAUCAAUGAUGAUGAUAAAGAACAACCUACUGAUUCGAAUGAUAAACAACAACUUCAAUAUAAAUAUGCUUGUCAUUUAUGUGAACGAUGUUUUUCACGUGGAAAAAAAUUGACUGCACAUUUACUUAAAGUACAUCAACUUGGAAAAGCUAUGGGAUGUACGAGAUUAAGUUAUACAAUGCGAAAAGAUGGUUUUUUUCGUGUACAAAGUGAACUUAUUCCUGUAUCAUUAUCAUCUGAAUUUUCUCUACCACAACAACAACAACAACAACAAAGUUUACCAUCGACAUCUCAACAUCUUCCACAAACGACAUGCGCAUCAUUUCUAAUCAAUCGUUUAUUAAAUGAUCGUGAAGAUGGAAAUCAACAUCCACCAUUUAGUCCCGAAUUUGAACUUGAUCAUUGGAAUGAUAAUGAAACUGAAAAUACUGAUCGUGAUGAUGAUGAUGACGAUGAUGAUGAUGAUGAUGAUAAUGAUAAUGAUGAUGAUGAUAUUACAGAUUAUGUUGAUUUAUGCUCAAAAAGAGCAAUAUACACAUCAGAUAUUUUAUAA